AUGAGCGACCGCGAGGUAGUUGCGCCGGUAACCGGAACAAUCAGCGAACUCUUUCACAUCCCAGGAGACCUGGUCCAACCGGGUGACCAACUUUUUACCCUGAGAUUAGCAAGCGAAACGCUCCAGCAAGCGCAGACCGAGCUGUUCAAGGCGAACGAGAAUAUCAAGCUCGCCCAAGCCAGGCGUGACCGGCUAGCAGGUGCAGGGGAAGGGAUUCCGGGCUCUCGUAUUAUCGAGAUCGAGAGUGAGAUUGCUCGGUUUCAGGUCGCGGCUCAGGGAUAUCGCCAAGAGUUAGCCAGUCGCGGCCUGUCUCCCGACGCCAUCCGUGGCGUGGCUCAGGGCGACCUAUUGAGCGAACUAUCAAUCGUCGCCCCACCUCUGGAAGCACGGCUGGGCACUCUCGAUGAAAACGAAGACAAGCCGCUUGGCUACGAACUCCAGCAACUGCUAGUCGAACGAGGCGAGCAAGUCCAAGCCGGCCAAACGCUCUGCCACUUGUCGAACCACCAGUCGCUAGCCAUUGAGGGUCGGGCGUUUCGAGACGAAGCGUCUCUCCUUGAACGGAGUGUGCGAGAUGGGUGGCCGGUCGAGGUCGAUUUCCAGGAAGAAUCGGAAACGGAUUGGCCCCCCACCCUCCGCGAGAUUCCGAUCCGCUACAUCGCUAACACCAUCGACCCCGAAACGCGCACCUUCGGCUUCAUGCUGCCGCUGGAGAAUCAGCACAAGCUCAUCCGGCACGACGACCAUACACGGCUCCUCUGGCGAUUUCGGCCAGGACAGAAAGUCCGACUUCGGGUGCGAGUCGAGCGUCUCGACGGAGUUUUUAACUUGCCGGCCGACGCCUUGGUAAUGGAAGGCGCCGAGGCAUUCGUCUUCACGCAGAACGUCAACACGUUCGAGAAGGUCGAAGUACGCGUGCUGCAUCGCGACCAGAAACGCGUCGUACUCGCCAACGACGGCGCUCUCGCAACGUACGCCAAAGGCGACCAGCAGAAGACGCUCGCCGCGGUAGCGCAAACGGCUGCCGUACAACUCAACCGCAUGACAAAGACCAGCUCCAACGACCUGCCCGAGGGCUAUCACAUCCAUGCGGACGGCAGUCUCCACAAAAACGAAGACGAGGAAGUCGAAACCCUCGUGACGCAUCCCAUUGAAACGGCGCUACUAGGAGCGUCAGGCGUCGAGGCGGUGCGGAGCCAGUCGAGCCAGGGGAUGAACGUCAUCUACGUCGAGUUCGGCUGGCGAACCGAGAUUCGCUACGCCCGGCAGGUCGUGAUGGAGCGGCUCGCCACGGUCCCGAUGCCCGAAGGCAUCCGGCCGCAAAUGACCCCACCCGCUUCAAUCAUGGGACAGAUUCUGCAUGUUGGUGUCCAUCACCGCGAGGGGCCGCAAGGAGGCCGGCUUACGCCGAUUGGCGACACGGGAUUGUUGGCUGAACUGGCCGAGAACGGUUCGUUCACCGUUUGGAAACCGGCCGACCGUGAUGUGCCCGAAAAUUGGAAAAAGGUUCCCCACGAAAGGCUAACUCUUAGGGGGACGCAGGAACGCCCGACGGCGGCAUUCACGGUAGCAGGCAAUCCGCAUGUGGUCACCUUCCCCACGCCGCUUGAGGAGCGGAUGGACCUGCGGACCACGACCGAUUGGUUGAUUCGACCGCGUCUUCUCAAGCUGCCGGGCAUUGCCGAAGUCAUCAUCAUGGGGGGCGAUGUCAAACAGUAUCAGGUGCUGAUCGACCCGAUCAAGCUGCAAGAGUACGACGUUACGCUGCAAGAUGUAGAGAGGGCGAUUCGGGAGAACAACCUGAACACCAGUGGCGGCUUUCUCAAAGAGGGCCAGAGCGAACGACCGGUUCGCGUCAUCGGGCGGCUCGGCCCGCUGCCCGCGCAGGUGAUCGACGACCUACUCAAAAUUCCCGUCAAAGUGAAUGCAGCACGGGCCGUCUUGCUCUGGCAUGUGGCCAACGUGCAAGAAGGCCCCGCGCCGAAACGGGGCGACGCCAGCAUCGACGGCAACGCCGGGGUGGUAAUCACAAUCGUCAAACAGCCGCACGCCGACACGCGUGAGCUUACCGACUUGGUCAAGCAGGCGCUGCGAGAGACGAAAGCGACCCUCCCCGCAAACGUGGUCGUCAAUCUUGACCUCUUUCAGCUCAAGAGCUUCAUCGAUCGCGGGAUUUACUACGUCGAGGAGGCGCUGGUUAUCGGGGCUGUGCUCGUCGUGAUCGUGCUGUUCCUGUUCCUGCUGAACCUGCGCACGACCUUCAUUACAUUGACAGCGAUCCCGCUUUCGCUCGUCGUGACGACGCUCGUGUUUCGCCUGAUUGGUUUCCUGAGCGGGACGGAACUAUCUAUCAACGUCAUGACGCUCGGCGGCAUCGCCGUAGCGAUGGGCGAGUUGGUCGACGACGCUAUCGUCGAUGUCGAGAACAUCUUCCGUCGCCUCUCGGAAAACAACGCGCUGGCCAAGCCCAAGCCCGCCAUCGUCGUUGUCUACGAAGCGAGCCGAGAGAUUCGGUCGGCUAUCGUCUUCGGCACGGCGGUCGUGAUCCUAGCUUUUCUGCCGUUGUUCGCCCUCUCGGGGGUAGAAGGACGGCUCUUCAUCCCUUUGGGAUUGGCGUACAUCGUGUCGAUCCUAGCGUCGCUGGUGAUUUCGCUGACGGUAACGCCAGUCUUGUCCUAUUACCUAUUGCCGAACUCGGCAGCGACCCACCGGCACGGGGACGGGUUCUUGCUACGGACGCUCAAGUGGCUGGCGGGCUACCUGAUUCGUUUCAGCAUGCGAAACGCGACUGCUUUGUUGCUGCUGACAUGGACGCUGGCCGGAUUCAGCGUAUGGCAGAUAACACAGAUGGGCGCGGACUUCCUGCCGAAAUUCGACGAAGGCAGCGUGCAGAUCAACGUCGGAUUGCCAGGUGGCUCGUCGCUCAAGGCGUCGAAUGAUGUUGCCCAGGUCAUCGACCGCAAGCUCAGGGCGAUGCAGAAGACGCCCGACAACCCCGAUGGCCCUGUUGUCCAUUUUGCCCGCCGCACCGGUCGAGCAGAACUCGACGAGCACGCCCAGCCGGUGAACGUCGGUGAGUAUAUCCUGACGAUGAACCCCGAGUCGGGCGUUGGCCGCGACGAGUUUCUGGCUACGGUGAUUGCCGAACUAAAAAGCGAAGCGCCGGGCGUGGAGAUCGACGCCGAACAGCCCCUUUCGCACCUCAUCAGCCACAUGCUCUCGGGCGUGAACGCUCAGGUCGCGGUGAAGAUAUUUGGCAGCGACCUCGACAAGCUUCGUCAACUUGCCGAGCAAGCGCGGGACGAACUGAAGCAAAUUGAGGGCGUCACACCGCCGAUCGUUGAUCCGCAGCAGCGUGUGGACGAAUUGCAAGUUGUCCUCCGCCCGGAUGACCUGUCGGUCUAUGGGCUGAGCCGAGCGUACGUUGCCGAGUUCGUCCAGACGGCGCUCAAGGGCGAAGCGAUCUCCAAAGUUCUCGAAGGGCAGCGGCGGUUUGACUUGGUGGUCCGUUUGCAGGAGCCCUACCACUCCGACCCUGAUUUCCUCAAGGAGCUGCGACUCGAUCUUCCAUCAGGAAAAGGCCAGGUACGGCUGAAAGACGUAGCCGACUUCCCAGCGGCGGCGAGCGGCCCCAACUUAGUCAACCGCGAGAACGUGCAGCGCAAGCAGGUCGUCCGCUGCAACGUCGCGGGCCGUGACUUGGCGAGCGCCAUCGUCGAGAUCGAACAGCGAGUCAGGCAACGGCUCGAUCUGCCACCAGGUUACUUCAUCGAGUUCGGUGGGCAGUUUGAAGCGCAACGUUCGGCCACGCUGAUGAUCACCGGCCUCGCCGCGGUGUCACUAGCGGGCAUCUUUGUCGUGCUGAUGAUGCUGUAUCCUUCGACACGCAUCACGCUCCAAAUCCUAAACGCCGUGCCAACGGCGUUCAUCGGUGGGGUGCUGGCCCUCAUUGUGACGGACCAAACGCUGACAGUGGCUGCCCUGGUAGGCUUUGUGUCGCUCAGCGGCAUCGCCGUCCGCAACGGCAUCUUGCUGGUGACGCAUUACUUCCACCUGAUGAAGGAGGAAGGCCAGCCUUUCUCCCGCGAGACAAUACUGCGUGGCAGUUUAGAGCGGCUCUCACCGGUCUUGAUGACCGCCCUGACGGCGGGAAUUGGUUUGCUGCCGCUCGUGCUGGGGGGGCAAAAGCCCGGCCUGGAGAUCCUCUACCCGGUUGCGACCGUCAUCACCGGCGGGCUGGUGACGUCGACCUUUUGCGAGUUCUUGCUGCACCCCGGUUUGUUCUGGAAGUUCAGCGGCAAGGAUGCGGAGCGCCUCGUUCAGAGCGAAGGAACCGAAGACGACUUGUUGCGGGCCGCGUGA